UUUUGAAUCACGGAAACUGUUUUCUUGUGCUAUUUCUUCUUCCCAUCUCUCUUUCCUCCUCCUUGCUCGGAUCAUAUAAUUUCACAAACCCCUAAUUUUUUAAUUCGUUUUUAGUUUGAAAUAUCCAGGCAAUGAGUACUGGAGAUCUUCUUAGCAUUCAGCCUUUAGAGCUCAAAUUCCCAUUUGAAGUGAAGAAACAGAGUUCAUGUUCCUUGCAAUUGACCAACAAAACAACUAAUUAUGUGGCCUUCAAGGUUAAAACAACCAAUCCGAAAAAGUACUGCGUCCGGCCCAAUGCUGGUGUUGUCUUACCCGGAACAACAUGUGAUGUUACAGUUACAAUGCAAGCCCAAAAGGAGGCCCCGCCAGACAUGCAGUGCAAGGACAAAUUUCUCCUUCAAAGUGUUGUUGCACCAGAAGGUGCAACUACGAAAGACAUAACUCCUGAAAUGUUCAACAAGGAGGAUGGUAAAAUUGUGGAAGAGUUCAAAUUGCGGGUAAUCUACUUUCCUGCCAACCCCCCAUCACCAGUCCCUGAAGGAUCUGACGAGGGCUCCUCUCCAAAGGCUUCAGUGCUUGAUAAUGGGAAUCAAAACACUUCCUUGUUUGAUGCUGUAUCAAGAUCUCUUGAGGAACCAAAGAGAAGUCGUCAGAGGUCAGAUGCAUGGCCUAUGAUUUCCAAGUUAACUGAAGAGAAGACUGCUGCUUUGCAACAAACUCAGAAGCUACGCCACGAACUGGAUGUGUUGAGAAAAGAAAAUAGUAAAAACAGCGGUGGCGGAUUUUCAUUGUUGUUUGUGGUGCUGUUCGGUCUUUUAGGCAUCUUGGUUGGCUACUUCAUCAACAAAACAUAGGGAAGCUGGACCGUCGAUUAAUCAGUUGGAUGCUGGCAGAAUACUGUGGUGCUCCGCAAUUUCGGAAACGUUUUAGGGAUGCUUAAACUCUAAUGUAAAAAGUUUAGUGAUGAUUAAUUUGGUACUGUUUUGAGCAGAUCAUUUUUAUCUACAUAGUUGAACAGAUGGGUUUAGAAUCAAGUCUUCUUAUCCAAUGCUUGCCUCGAAUGUUGAUUGAUUUGCAGAUUUUGAGAUUAUAAUGUGAUUUGUUGGUCGGAUUGAUCA